AUGUCUGGUUUUAGUGGCAGGUAUAGAGACUAUUGGGUUGACCCACGGGUCGCUAACUUUGAGAGAGAGCAGCAGGAGAGGGACCUGGUGGAACGAUCUCGUUUUUGGGAACGUGACUAUUACGAAUCGCGUUUCCAAGAGAGAGAAAGGUCGCCCUUGCGUUCUGCGCCGAGUGAUUUUUAUCGGGAUCAAGUGCUAUACCCAGCUGUACCGGGCCACGUUCACUACGAGGGUUAUGGUAGAGUAGGGCCGGAUUACGUUUUUGAUCAAUGGGAUUUCCAUUCGCAAGGACCCAGUAGAAAUCCGAGAAACGGAGGUAGGCCAAUCUACGAUCAGCGUCGGGUGGAUCCGUUAGCCGAACAGGGAGGCAGAAGUCAAUACGGCGAGGGCAUUCCCCGUAGGGAAAAAUUGGAGAGACCUAGCAUUCUGGAACAAGGGACCGAGGAUAGUUACGGUGACGAAGAGCAGCCGGAAAGUGAGGAAGGAUUAGACGAGUUGAUUCUGGACGAUUUAGACGAUCAGGAUAGGCUACAGAAAUUCUAUAAUCGCCCGUGGCGGCCAAGCAGCAAUCAGUCCGAAGAGCCGCCGGGACCGCAACCGGCCGUCAAAUCAAAACGUGCGUCGGCAGUCAUGUCCGUGUCACCCGAGCCGGGUCCGUCGAAGGAGAGGAUUUCAGAGCCAAGUGAUAAGGCGGAACCAGCACCGUUAGUAGUUCCUCAGGAGGUGAGUGAUGCGCUUUCGGGUUGGAUGACGAAAGGUGUUUCGACGGAAGAUUCCAAAGCCAUUUCGAAGAAGACGCCGUUAGAAUUUCUUGACAAAGAAUUUUCGGUGAAGCCCCCGAAACUGGACGGCUACAUGCAUAGGCGAGCGAAAGAGAAAGGGAAGCUGAAGGCCAUCAUGGACGUGGGCCCGCCACUUAUUGAUCUCUACACGCGCAUUCUAUCUCUCGGCGAGGGAAAAACGGAGAAAAAGGCGCAAGAAUUGGUGCAAGAUGCGUUGAUACAGUGGGCGCGUGCCUACCAUCAUAUCACGAAGCAGAGACGGAAGACGGUGAUUGCCUUAGUGGAGCCGUCCUUCGACUUUCUCACAGCCGAACCUGAGGCUUUCGCGCCAGGAAAGGAGGCUCGCAAGCUCCUUUUCACCGGAAAAUUCCUGGAAUCAUGCUUAAAGAAGCAUCACAGGACGCGACACUGGCGAGAACAGCAAAACCUAGGACGAAUCUGGGAUCGAAAGGAAAGGCGCUCGCGGACCCAUCUUAUUCACUGCCGCGCCAUCCAUUCGUUCUGCGGACGAGAAAGGCGACGGAGCAGCCGCACCGAGGCGGAGGUGAGCGAGGGCGACCAGCAGGUGCCCAAGCAUGGACGCGAGGUGUUCAGAGCUGUCAGAAGAGGAGGUGGGGGCCAGAUUGUUGGCCUUUGCGGGCCAAUGGAAGAGCGCGUGUUGGCAGACCUGGAAGUAGUGAUUGAGUUACUACAGCGUCUGGGUUUAAUUAUUAAUUGGGGGAAAUCGGUACUGGAACCAGCACAGAGGCUAGAAUAUUUGGGGCUGGUUAUCGAUUCUAAUCGAUUGUCAUUCGCAUUGCCAAUAGCCAAAAUAGAAGCGGUGAAGGCUAUGUGUGAAGCAGUUCUUUUAGCGAAGGUCGUUUCACUGAGAGAGAUAGCAUCCAUUAUGGGAAACUUUACAUGGGCAAUUCCGGCAAUUCCGUACGCACAGGCGCACUACCGUCGUUUGCAAAGUUUCUACAUUAGGAAGGCGCAGGCGGCAAAUUCCAAUCUAAAGAUCAAGUGUUUGCUCUCGCUCAAAGCACAGGAAGAUCUAAAAUGGUGGGUGGCUAAUCUAGAUAAAGCGAAGGAUAAGGUUUUCUUUCCCCAAGCACCGGAUCUCGAAAUAUAUACUGACGCUUCCUUAUCGGGGUGGGGAGCUUGCUGUAAUGAGGUUAGGACAAGGGGAUCGUGGACGCUUACGGACUCAACAAGAAAUAUCAACGAACUUGAGCUUUUGGGCGCAUUAUUCGCGGUACAGGCGUUCGCAGUCCGCUCGAAAAACAUAGCCAUCCGUAUUCAUCUCGACAAUGCUACAGCGGUAGCAUACAUAAAUCAUUGUGGGGGAACUAGGUCCCGAGCGCUGACAGUCAUAUCAGCGGAAUUAACAUCGUGGUGCGAGGAGCGCGGAAUAUCGCUGGAAGCGGUCCACGUAGCCGGGAAAUUGAACAUAAUUGCGGAUGAGGAAUCACGAGCUGGACCCGACUCCAGCGAUUGGAGGCUAGACAAGCGGAUGUUUAGCCGUAUUCAGGAUCUUUGGCCGUCAAAAGUUGAUGCCUUCGCGACGCCUUGGAAUGCACAGCUUCCGUCAUUUAUAUCAUGGCAUCCGCAGCCCGGGGCGCUGACGACAAAUGCAUUUUUCGUAAAUUGGGGUGGGUUAUUAGCCUAUUGUUUUCCUCCCUUCGCCUUGAUAUUCAAGUGCCUUGAGAAGAUCCGUCGUGAAAAAGCUCUGGUGGUUUUUGUAUGUCCCGUAUGGAUAGGCCAACCUUGGUUCCCGUUACUACUGGAGCUGUUGUGCGAUGUUCCCCGUCUCUUUCCGCCAUCGCAAGACCUGCUGAAAUCAGCACUAGACGAGACCCACCCGCUCAUCCGGAACGGGGCGCUACACUUGGCCGUCUGGAGGCUGUCAGGAGACAGUACCUUAUGCGAGGGUUUUCGGCAACAGUGGUCGACCUACUCAUGGCCGGAAACAGACCCAACACUCACUCCACAUACGAGUCCGCCUGGAGAAAAUGGAUGGAUUGGUGUUUGGGGAGGCGUUCGAAUCCCUUGUCAAACGAUUUAG